AUGUUCGACAACCCUCGCCCAGUCUUUUCUGUGAAGCUCUUAAAACAAGAGUUGACUGUGCAGUUGGAAGACGAGAAGAAUUCGUCUCGAGUAAUGAAGAAAAAGUACCAGUCAAAAUUGAAGGAACUGACGGCCGAGUUUUGCAUUUUGAAAGGCAAGUUGGAGAAUUAUGAGGCAACGUCACAAGGGUCGGCUGAUUCGCCGGUGACCGAAGAUCACAGCAGGGCCGAAUCACCGUCUUCGCUUGCUUCCUUUGAAGUAGUCAACUGCCGUCCGGCUGAAUCUUCCGUCGAAGCCUGUCCUCGCUGCGAGGUUAGCUACAAUAGCCAGUUGAUUUCGGAAUGCAAUCAAAGAAUGAUCGAGAAGAUCGUGAAACUGCAGAGAACUCUAGCACGCAAAAACGAGAAGAUCGAAUUUAUGGAGGAAAAUACAAAACAGCUCAUGCUUGAAAUUCGCAAGAAGACUAAAAAUGUAGUGAUAAACACGAAUGGGAAGCGGGAUGUUUGGAUCUGUUUCCCGCCGCUGUUCUUUAGCAGGGCCAAUGGUGGAUUUUGUCUUCCUCUGAUGUUCCGGAUAACGUUUUCAUACGGUGGUGCUGAUGCUGAUGUGUCAUUGUAA